GCUGCGGCCUAGCUCUCUAUCCAAGGCCCAAGCGCAUCCCCGGGGGCCCAUCGUAGCCGUCCUCGAUCUCCCUCGCUCCGCAGCACACCACUCGUAGCCGCCGGCAAGGCGACUGACCUCUUUCCUGCUGCCGAGCGCCAUCGUCUCCUCGGACCAUCUCACCUCAGAGCUGCUGCGACCGCCGGCCAACCCGUCUAGGUCUUGUCCCUGCCGCUUCCUGAGCCUAGAACAUCUUUGCAUUUUGGAGAGUCUCCACUCGGAGCUAUUGUACAGUCUCCAUCCCUUUCAACGAGAUGGCACGUCAGUCUGCUCUCUCGCUUGUGAGGGAUCGAGCAAAGACGGGAGCGCUGAAGCGUCUGACUCUGAGUUCAUCGAAGACGGCUGGGAGGAACUCGUCUGGGCGCAUCACCUCUUUCCACCGUGGUGGAGGGGCCAAGAGGUUGCAGAGGAAGGUCGAUGUGAAACGCGACGCCUGUUCCACGGGUAUUGUGGAGCGGAUCGAGUACGACCCGAAUCGCUCCUCGAGCCUUGCUCUUGUGCGAUGGGUGCAAGGGGUGCAUUUCCGCCGCCCCAAGAGUCCACAAGAACUCAGUGCCAUGUCUCAAAUCCAACAAUCUGCUACAGCUGAUGUCUCCGGCCGGUUUUCCCUUGCUGCAUUAUCUAGUAGAGUGCAUAAAGAUAAGGAAGCUUCUGCACUGUACUCUGCUCUGGGAAAUGGAGAUAUUUCUGCAUCUCUUAAAUCUGGUGCGUCAUCGAGCUUACCGAGGAUAGCUGUAGCUGGUGCCAAGCCCACAUUCUUUGCUCAAGCCAAAGCGGAUGAAGAAGGAAAACAUACAUUUUCCUUUACUGAGAUUCAGAAAUGGGCAACAGAUGAUGUGCUUUGGGCACAGAGAAUGAAGCGUCAAGCUGCACUCUCCUGGCAGAAUGAACUGAAGAAGAAACAUUUGCUUAAGACACAAGCUAACAGCUUCAGUAGCUUGGCAGCAAAGACUAGUGGUACGAGUAAAGGGCCAAAGGGAAAGGCUGAUUGCAUACCAGUGUCUUAUAUAUUGGCCAGUCACCAGUGCAUGCCAGGUAGUACAGUGAUGAACUAUAAUUCCUCGAAGCCUUCUAAGAGUUCAGCCUCUUCACCAUAUUCCUUGGAAAAUCAGUUCGAUAUAAUUGAUCUCAACUCAAAGGUUGGAAAUUGUAUACCAUUAGCCAAUGCACGAAUUGGAACCUGGGUGCAUAAUAUUGAAUGUCGUCCUGGUCAGGGUGGGAAGAUGGUUCGAGCAGCUGGUACAUAUGCUAAGGUAGUCCAGGAGCCAGGCGCCAAGUGUGUCCUGCGCCUUCCCUCAGGUGCUGAGAAGGCUGUUGAUUCAAGAUGCCAUGCUACAAUUGGUAUAGUCUCCAACCCAAGCCAUGGUACACGCAAGCUAAGAAAGGCAGGGCACAGCAGGUGGUUAGGCAGACGCCCUGUUGUCCGUGGUGUUGCUAUGAAUCCUGUGGAUCAUCCCCAUGGUGGAGGCGAGGGGCGUACUAAAGGAGGCAGGCCUUCAGUUUCUCCCUGGGGAAAGCCCACCAAAGCAGGGUACCGAUCACCAAGUGUGGCCAGUCGGAAAGCGUUUGCUGGAACAAAGCUCAUACAGUUCAGAAAAUAAAGAAUAUGUGUUUGUGGCAGAGGGAACUGUGAUAAUCGACUUGAUUCUGGUGCAGCAGAAGAAAUGGUUGUUAUCACUCCAAUCGACAACACAGAAUAAAUGUUUUCACUCCAAUGGUUGUUAUCGCUACUUUUCCCCUUUUGUCAUUCUGCAGAAACUAGCUCUUCAUGAAACCUGAUUAGUGAAUUUCUUCCUGUAUUUCUUUUGCUUCUUUAACACUUGGCAAAUUUGGCUAUGGUUCCACGGCUCUGAUUGAGAAGGGAUGCUCUUACCUUUUUGGUCAAGGCCUGUCCAAAACUAAGAAACACAUGUUGGUAGUAUGAUUUUUCUCUCUA